AUGGAUUUUCUGCGCAAGAUUGGCAGCUAUCUUGCGCCUCCUCCACAGAAGUCAGACGACGGACGUGAUCAAUGGCCUUCACGAGCAGCCUUCCUGCUGGCUGCCAUGGGUGGCUGCGCCGGACAAGGAAACCUUCUUCGAUACCCUUCGGUCGUCUAUAACAACUACGGAUUACAAUGGUUCAUACCGUACCUACUCGCCGUAUUCCUCAUCGCCAUUCCAGCGUUGAUACUCGAGGUCUCCAUAGGCCAGGCCUAUCGGGGAGGCACUGUUAUAGCCUUCAACAACAUGAACAGACGUCUCAAAGGGGUCGGCAUGGGUCCGGUCAUUGUGUCCUUCAUAGUAGUCCAAUACUUCACCGUCAACCUAGCGUGGAUCAUGUCCUACUUCAGGCACAGCUUCACCAGUCCCUUGCCCUGGGAAGGCCGGAUCGAAGAUUUCUACUGGAACGAUGUACUCCGCGUCAGUAACAUCACAGAAGGAUCUUUGACCGCAAAUGGCAACAGCGUAGCAUCGUACACUGGCUACCCCAAAGUGUCACUCAUUGGCGAAACCGUUGGGUGGAGCAUCUUUGUUUGGUUUCUCAUCUGGGUCUCUAUCUCCCGAGGGGUUGGCAUGACCGGCAGAGUCGUCUACUUCACCAUGGGUCUACCCAUUGUAACGACUGCCAUCUUCGUUGGACGCUCUUUGUCACUUCCAAAUGCCAGUGAAGGCGUCAAGUUGCUCUGGACCAAUUUCCGAGGAGAUCAGCUUGCGUCCGGAGCCGUCUGGCAGACUGCCGUCGGUCAGGUGUUCUUUUCUACUGGAAUUGGAUUUGGCUACUUCACAAGCUAUGCCAGUUACAAUCAGAAGCACGCAAACGCCGUAAUGGACGCCAUCCUGAUCUGCAGCAGCAAUGUUCUAUUUGAAAACUUGGCCGCGUUUGCCAUCUUCGGAGUUGUCGGCUACCUCGAGAGAUGGCCUCAAGACGGUGUCAGGCUCGGCGCCUUUGUGGUAGGCUUCUUGACUCUGCCAGAAGCCGUGCUUCAGAUGCCUGGUGCCAAUUUCUGGGCCGUUCUCCUCUUCUUUACCCUUAUCGUUUUGGGAUUCUCGUCAGCAUUUGUUAUGCUGGAUGUCGUCGUAACCUUAAUCUGCGAUUCGGGCAUGGUGCAGGCCUCACGCCCUGUCGUCGUCACUGUUAUGACUGUGCUCUCAUUUCUGAUGUGCCUACCGUACUGUACCGAAUUUGGGUACUACCUUCUGGACGGCGUCGACAGGUGGAUCAACGAUAUUGCUCUUAUUUUCGUGGUCUGGACUGAGGUAACAAGCGCCACGACUGUAUACCGAUGGCGUGACAUCGUCAAUCAGACUGGAACCAUGGCUUUCAGUCUGUACAACUUCGGCUUCUUUGGUGGUCAAUUCUUCGGCAUCUUCCUGGCGCAUGGCAUCAACAAUCCCGGAAUUGGUGCCGGCGCAGGUGUUGCCUUCUACGUAGUGUUUGCUAUUGUUGCUGUCAUCCUGGCACGAGACCCUGACGCACGCGCACCAUCGUUCUGGAACAGGAACAUCGUCCCGCGCAAGUUCUGGUUCCUUGCAUUCUAUUCUGGCAACCAAAUUCGACGCGAUCUCAAUGUCAUCGUCGGACAAGGAAAGAAUUGGAAGAUUCCUGCAUUCCUACCUUUUCUGCUUCGAUACAUCUCCGGUCCGGUCCUUGCCAUCAUCUUCAGUUUUGCAUACCCAGGGUUCCACACUCUGCGUUACGACCCCAUGCACAUCACAGGCUUCAUUCUGGCGAACUUAAUUAUGGUGGCCGUCAUCCUUGGGUUCACCAUUCCUAGAUACUACGACGCGUUUAUUCCGUACGAACGCCGUGGUGAAGGUACGGAGCCCACGGUCGCAAUGGAGACCAAGGGAGAGAUCUCCGGUGCUCCAGUCAGCGAGAUUGUUAGGGCCGAGGGAGGAGGGGCUCCUCCAGCCUAUGGCUCGUUGCAAGAGCAUGUAGACAAGGACGUUGAUCCAUUGUAG